GGGGGUGUGUGACCGCUCUUUAUAGAUAAAUGUGCGCUGCAACAGGCAUCUGCCUGCUUCCAAGGUUGAUGCAGUUGACACACAUCGACACAUCUGCAACUCUCAUUUAAGCUUUUCCUAACUUUAAAAAAAAAUAUAUAUAUAUUUUAACCGAAUCUGUAAAGGGACACACUCUACAAAGGAUACACCCUGUUCUUAAGUUGCUGGUCAAAGUUUGGAAAUGACUCGCGCGCUUGGCAGGGCUGGCGUGCGUGUCUAGGCUAAUCCUGGCCUAUAUGUUAUUAAUUAGGGUACCUCUAGUCACACAUCUGAAGAUCUGAAGAUGAAUAACACGGAGAUGUGCAUUUCUGUGCACACACAGUACGAUGAAAUCAGCAACUUGACAAACUCGUCGUGUUUGAACAGAACUUCGCCGUACAGCAUUAUCGACAUUGCAACUUUUAUGCAUAUAUUUCCUACGAUAUAUGGUAUACUUUGUACGAUUGGAGUUAUUGCUAAUGGCUUGGUCAUUUAUGCGGUGGCAACCUGCAAGAAAAAAAUGGUUUCAGACAUUUAUGUGCUGAAUUUAGCCAUUGCCGACAUGCUUUUCUUGCUAGUGAUGCCCUUCAACAUCCAUCAACUUGUCAGAGACAGACAGUGGGUCUUUGGAAACUUCAUGUGCAAGGCUGUGGUUGUUGUGGAUGUGAGCAACCAAUUCACCACCGUGGGGAUCGUCACUGUUCUCUGUAUUGACAGGUACAUUGCCAUCGUCCACCCCACCUCUGAGAAGAGAACCAUCCAGUGGACGAUCAUCAUCAACAUCCUGGUGUGGCUGGGCAGCUUCCUCCUCACCGUGCCCGUGAUGAUGUACGCCAAGGUGGUCCGCAAGCGCCAGCUGGAGAUGUGUAUGAUGUUCCUGGACGGGCCCGAGGACAUGUACUGGUACACCCUGUACCAGUCCAUCCUAGGGUUCAUCCUGCCCCUCAUCAUCAUCAUCACCUUCUACUCCCUCACCCUGUACCACGUGUUCCGCUCCAUACGCCGAGUCAAGCGCAAACAGUCCGUGUGGGCCAAGCGGGCCACUAAGACCGUCCUCAUGGUCAUCUCCCUCUUCCUGGUCUGCUGGUCGCCCUAUCACGUGAUCCAGGUGAUCAAUCUGAGCAACAACAAGCCCACCAACGCCUUCAUUUACGCCUACAACAUCAGCAUCUGCCUGAGCUACUCGCACAGCUGCAUCAACCCCCUCAUGCUGCUGGUGUUUGCCCAGAACUACCGCGAGCGCCUCUGUCGCCGGACGGAGCUGCGCAGCUCCCAGCAGAGCUCCUCCAAGACCACCGUGGUCAAGACCGACGGCUCGAGUGUCGCCAACGACGCCAACUACGGCUGCACCGUCAUCUAGGCUGCCAACCCCUGUCCCCCUCUC